GGGCUGGGAGGAGCCGGGCUCGGAUCGCGAGAGCUGCGAGCCCGGCCCCGCUCAGAGCCUCCCGCCAUGGAGCCGAGCCCGGCCGCGCUGCUGCCCCUGGCCGCGCUGCUGCUGGGGGUCCGCGGGACGGGGACCCCCGCCCGGCCGGCGCUCAACCCGGAAAACCUGCUGCUCAUCACAGCGGCCACGGAGCAGACGGAGGGAUACGCGCGCUUCCUGCGCACGGCCCGUCACUUCAACUACACCGUCAAGACCCUGGGGCUGGGCGAGCCGUGGCGUGGGGGCGACGUGGCCCGCACGGUGGGGGGCGGGCAGAAGGUUCGCUGGCUGAAGGAGGAGAUGGCGAAACACGCGGAGCGGGAGGAGCUCGUCGUCAUGUUCGUCGACAGUUACGACGUGCUGCUGGCCGGGGGCCCCCUGGAGCUGCUGCGCAAGUUCCUGGCGUUCGGCAGCCGGGUCGUGUUCUCGGCCGAGGGUUUCUGCUGGCCCGAGUGGGGGCUGGCCGAGCGCUACCCCCCCGUCGGCGCCGGCAAGCGCUUCCUCAACUCCGGCGGUUUCGUCGGCUUCGCCCCGGCCGUGCACGGCCUGACCCAGCUCUGGAAGUACCAGGACGACGACGACGACCAGCUGUUCUACACCCGCCUCUACCUGGACCCCGGCCUGCGGGAGAAGUUUGGGCUCGCGCUCGACCACAAGUCGAAAAUCUUCCAGAACCUCAAUGGGGCCAUUGACGAGGUGGUGCUGAAGUUCGAGAGGAGCCGGGUCCGUGCCCGGAACGUGGCCUAUGACACCCUCCCUGUGGUUAUCCACGGCAACGGGCCCACCAAGCUGCAGCUGAACUACCUGGGGAAUUACAUCCCGAACCGCUGGACCUACGAGGGGGGCUGCGGGGGCUGCGACCAGGGGCUGCUCGACCUCUCGGGGACCCCGGAGGAGGCGCUGCCCCAGGUCCUGGUGGGGGUGUUCAUCGAGCAGCCGACCCCCUUCCUGCCCCAGUUCCUGCAACGCCUGCUGGGCUGGGACUAUCCCUACGCCCGGCUGCGCCUCUUCCUGCACAACCGCGAGGUGUUUCACGAGCCCCACGUGCAGGGGGCCUGGGAGCGGCUCCGUGGGGCCUUCGCCAGCGUCCGGCUGGUAGGGCCGGAGGAGGCGCUGAGCCAGGGCGAGGCCCGGGACAUGGCCAUGGACCUCUGCCGGCAGGACCCCGACUGCGACUAUUACUUCAGCCUCGACGCCGACGUCGCCCUGACCAACCCGGGGACCCUGCGCGCCCUGAUCCGCCGGAACCGGAAGGUGGUGGCCCCCAUGGUGUCUCGCCCGGGCAAGCUCUGGUCGAACUUCUGGGGGGCGCUGAGCCCCGAGGGCUACUACGCCCGGGCCGAGGACUACGUGGAGCUGGUGCAGGGCAAGCGGGCUGGGGUGUGGAACGUGCCCUACAUCAGCCAGGCCUACCUGGUGCGCGGGGAGACGCUGCGCUCGGAGCUGCACGACCGGAGCGUCUUCACCCUGGAGGAGACCGACCCCGACAUGGCCUUCUGCAAGCACGUGCGCGAGAGGGGGAUUUUUCUGCACAUCACGAACCUGGAGGAGUUCGGGCACCUGCUCUCCACGGCCAAUUACAACACGUCCCGCCUGCACCCCGACCUCGGGCAGCUCUCGGAGAACCCCCUGGUGAGUGACCCCACCCCCCGCCUGCACCCCGACCUCGGGCAGCUCUCGGAGAACCCCCUGGACUGGCAGGAGAAAUACAUCCACGAGAACUACUCCCGGGUGCUGGACGGGGAGCUGGUGGAGCAGCCCUGCCCCGACGUCUACUGGUUCCCGGUCCUGUCGGAGGCGGCCUGCGACGAGCUGGUGGCAGAGGUGGAGCAUUAUGGGAUCUGGUCCGGAGGGCAGCAUGAGGACGCCCGCCUGGCCGGGGGCUACGAGAACGUCCCGACCGACGACGUUCACCUGAGCCAGCUCGGGCUGGAGGGCGCCUGGCUGCGGGUCCUGCGGGAAUUCGUCGCGCCCGUCGCCGAGACGCUGUACCCCGGCUACUACACCCAGGCCCGGGCCCUGCUGAACUUCGUGGUUCGGUACCGGCCGGAGCGGCAGCCGGCGCUGAGACCCCACCACGACUCGUCCACCUUCACCAUCAACAUCGCGCUCAACAGCAAGGGCACCGACUACGAGGGCGGCGGCUGCCGGUUCCUGCGCUACUCCUGCUCCGUCACGGCCCCACGGAAGGGCUGGAGCCUGAUGCACCCGGGGCGCCUGACCCACUUCCACGAGGGGCUCCCCACCACCCGCGGCACCCGCUACAUCCUGGUGUCCUUCGUCGACCCCUAGCCCCGGCCGCGCCCCCCCCCCCGCUGGGCCCUGGGGCGCCCCUCCCCCCGGGGGCCCGGCUUCGGGCUCCCCCACCUGCCCGGGCGGGGGGCAGAGGGGGGACGGCCCCCCCGUGGGGCGGGGGCUGCGCCUGGGGGGCUCGGAGGGGGGCCAGGAGGAUCUGGGGGCUGGUGGUGCUGGGGGGGGACGUGGCUGCUGUGUAUAAAACAUGUUAAAUUAUUGGGGUUCCUCCCCCCCCAUAAAUGUAUAUUUUUAA